CUCUCGGCGCAUGCGCGUCAGGGCUUGCAGCGUUGGACGCUGUCGAGUUGUGUGGUUUUGGCGACCGGUGGCGAUGGAGCCAUUGAAGCCGGCGGGGUCUCUUCCUCUUCUUCCUAGCGCUUGAGUCGGUGCCUCUCACCGGGCAGCCAUGGGGCUGAGCUCCAGCUCCGAGGUUCCCGAUGGGGGCUCCGAGGGCUACCAUGUGCACGGGAUUCAAGAAAAUUCCCCUGCUCAGCAGGCUGGAUUGGAGCCAUUCUUUGAUUUCAUACUUACCAUAGGACAUACCAGACUGAAUAAAGAAGGCGAUACUCUGAAAGAUCUACUAAAAGCCAACGUCGAGAAAGCUGUGAAACUGGAAGUCUACAACAUAAAAACGAUGAAAGUGCGCGAAGUGGAGGUCAUCCCUAGCAAUAUGUGGGGAGGGCAGGGACUGCUAGGGUCCAGUGUGCGAUUCUGCAGUUUCCAAGGCGCCAAUGAACAAGUCUGGCACGUGCUGGAUGUGGAGCCAGCUUCUCCAGCAGCCUUAGCUGGCCUGAAACCCCAUUCUGACUAUAUAAUUGGAUCGGAUCAGAUACUUCAUGAGUCUGAGGAUUUCUUCUCCUUGAUUGAUUCCCAUGAGGGGAAGCCUCUGAAGCUAGUGGUCUAUAACACAGAAACGGAUUCCUGCCGAGAGGUUUUUGUAACCCCCAACGGAGCCUGGGGUGGAGAAGGAAGCUUAGGAUGUGGCAUUGGAUACGGCUACCUGCACCGAAUUCCCACACAGGCUGCUACCCCAAAGAGAGCAGCAGAGAUCUCUUCGUCUUCGCCCUCCAGAGACGCACCCCCAGAAUCCCCAGCUAAUGGCUACAUGGAGGCUUCCUUGAUGGCACCUCACCCCAAAACUGAAGAAACCGAGAGCUUGGGUUACAUCUCCAGUCAAAGUGGGACUCCCUAUUCAUUAGAAAAUUCUCUGCACCUUCCUCCUCCUCCUCCUCCUGUCCAGAGAGUCAUGGAUCCAGAUUUUAUAGAUAUGUCUGGAGCUCCUUUUCCUGAAUUAAUUGAUUUAGUAAAAACAGCCCAAGUGCCUUCCUCUCCUUCUUUCACCUUAUCAGAUGUUUUGGAAGCUUCUGGCAGCUUAUCCACAUAUAGUGAAACUCCUUCAUAUUUUGAUCAGGCCUCUCUUCCGUUCUCAGAAGAAUCGAUAUGUCUUCAAGCAGACGAGAGCCGUCAUCCCGAUUUCCUGGAGGGAAGGCCUUCUGUGUCUCCUCCUCCGCCAGCCCUUCCUAUGGAUGUGACUCCGGAGGCACCAUCUGGACUGGAUGCUGACGCUCAGGGAACUGUCCAGCCCCUAAGUGGGGUUGAGACCCCCAUGGCACCCAAAACAGACAGCAGCAGUGACAAAAGUGCCCAGGAAUUGAUGGAUGAAACCAAAGAGGCCUAGCUUUUCAGAGGACAUGUUUCACCUUUGGGCUUUAAAGCGGCUAUUGGCACCAGAAAGCCCUAGUUUUUAAUGUGCUGCGGAAACAUUUGAUUGGUUUCUGAAUCGCGGUAGAAUUCAGCUUCCUUCAAUCACACUAUGGACUCUGGGGCCUGUAUACCCAUGUUAGUUCUGCUUAGUGGUAACACUAAUGAUCGGAGUUCAGAAACAGAAUCCCCCCCCCUUUUUUAAAGAGCUCUUUGUCUCUAGUUGCUCAUACAUUUGAAAAAAGGAAGGGCUCUGUGAGCAAUAUCAGCUGCGCAUUACCAGAGGGGGAAUGUAGGAAUUUGUGGGGGACUUUUGACUUUUUUUUUUUUGAAUUUUUUAAAAAGAGGUGCCUUAAGCCUCUCUGGCUUAGUGUACCUGUUUUGCUCUAUAUUUGCUUCUCAAAUCCCCCCCCCUCCCCCAAGAAAACUUGUACUUCAGCUCCCAGAAUUCCUGAGCCAUCUGGCUCAGCAAUUUUGGGAGUUGAAGUCCACAUGUUGUAAAGUUGCCAUCGUUGUCCACUCCUGCCUUACGGUAAGGCUUUUAGCCAAGUGCAGCUGCUAAGGAAUGCAGGAAAACUCCUUAUAGUAGGUGUGGCUUUCCAGCUCCUGGAAACCAUGAGCCAGUUGGCUCAGGAAUUCUGGGAGUUGCACAUGCUGUAUGAUUGCCAUAGUCAAUCAUCCCUCCCUUAAGGUAAGGCUUUUAAGCUUAGGGGAGGUUUUUUCUUUCUUUCUUUCUUUUUUCUUUUUGCAAAUUUAAUUGUUUCUGUUACCUGUGUCCUAUCCCAUUGACUUGAGAUUAUUUUAUUUGAAAAGUCAUAACUUAGAAUUUUAAUAGGAAGAAUACGAUCUUUUACUCUUAGAAUCACACCUCCCCCUUAAUAAAAAUCAACCCAUUUAAUCUUCUUUGACCCAUUUGAGCCUCUGCCUUGCACCCAAGGCUUUCUGAAAUGUGUGAGCAGAAUGAAGACCCCAAUGGAAGACACCCAAAGAAGUCGACUUCUUUCCCUGAACCCAGCAGAUUCCACGAAUGGGAUGGUUUGGGUUUCAGGAAGAGAUGUGUCCGCACGCAAAAGAAUGCAAUCUCAUUAUGUAGGUACAUUGGACUUGGAAUUUCCCCUAGCCUCCGUUUUAUGUUUCGCCCCAGAAAGCUAUAAUCAUUAUUUGCUGCUGCAGAAAGUUUAUAUGCAACCCCAUGAAAACUCUUUUGGAAUGGUAGCUGAAGAAUCAAAGGACACUAUGUAGGGUUUUUAAUUUGUUUUAAAUUAUGAGUUGUUGCUUCACGCUGUGCCAGAGGCUUGGUCUAUUACUGUCAAGCUACUGUAUGUCUUGGUGAGAGGUGUUAGUCCAAUGGCACUAAAUCAAUAAUACAUAAUUUGAGGUGCAUGCUAUACCAGGCCAUCUUGCAAUCAGCUGGUGCUUAAAGUGGAAGCAUUAUUUUCUGCUAAUGUGGAAAGUGAGCAAGAUUGCUUCUAAUAUGAAUAAUGGAGCAAAUUGGUAACACUAAAUCAAGUGUUUCUCAACCUCAGGCACUUUUAAGAAGCAUGGACUUCUAAUUCCCAGAAUUCCGUAGCCAGCAUAGACCGGGUGGAGUAUUCUGGGAGUUGGAAGUCUCGUAUCUUAAAAGUGGUUGAGGUUGAGAAUCAUUGACCUACACGCAGGAAUGGGCUUUCAAGGAUCAUUUUCUUUUGGUUCUGAAAUUGAUUUAGUUAUUUUUAAAGAUUGCAAAAGUUUCCCAUCUUUAAGAGAGAUUUAUUCUAACCUGAAGCCAUUUUAUUGUUGUUCUUUUAACUUGGUACACUGUCAGCUACUAAAGUCUUGCAAUGAUUUACAGUG